GGGCAACACCUUUUUUCCUAGACAUCAAUUGUACUCCUCUAGAAGAAUUAGUUGAUGAAAUCAUAACUAGAGGAAGCGAGGCUGGAGAAAUCGAUGCUAUGGCUCAGGAUGAAGAAGCCAAUGGCCACACUGAGGCUGCAGGUGUAGAACAACCACUAAGGUUAAGGAACUGGCUAACAGAUGCCCAGAGAUAUGCUGCUUACACAUCAUUGCAUGCAAAGAGUACAAGGGGGAAAUUACCAAAGACUGCAACUAAGGAAGUCGCCGCAUUCUUUCAUACACACAUUCGAGUUAUUCAAAAGAUUUGGAAGACUGCAAGAGAGCAGAUUGCACUUGGGCUAGAAGUUGAUGUGUCCAACAAGAAAACUGGCCGAUGUGGUCGCAAGCCAGCCGAAAUUGAUGUCUCCCGGAUCACCGCAAUUCCACUAAAUAGAAGAUCCACCUUAAGGUCACUGGCUAAGUCACUAGAUGUCGGUAUUUCGACAUUGCCCAGAAAAUUCAAGUUAGGUUUGUUAAGGCGCCACUCCAAUACAUUGAAGCCACAUUUGAAAGAGAGCAACAAGAGAGAAAGGCUCCAAUUUUGCAUUUCAAUGUUAGAUCAGACAAGUCUUGGGGAUGCGGAACCUAGAUUCAUUGACAUGCAAAAUAUACUUCACAUGGAUGAGAAAUGGCUCCUUCGGUAUCGAGAUGCGAUGGAGCACCUUGUAGAGCUCAGGGAUGCCGCCGUCGUAGAUCGCCUCGCCAAAUGUGUUGUCGCUGCUGCUACUCUCCAUCCCGGCGGUCUUCCUCCUCCUGCCACGCCUCAUCCCGCCGCGGACGCUCCCGGCCAUCACAGACGCCGACGAGAGGACCUCGCGCUCUUCCGCCGCGCCGUCCUCCUCUUCACCGCGCCCGCGUCCACGGCCUCCGACGCCCGCCUUGCCAAGAACAGAUCGAGAGGAGGAAGAGAGCGCUACGCGGCGGCGGCGGCGAUCUGA